AGCUUCUGCUGGCGGUGGCGGGAAGCAGGCUGGUCACGACCUCACCGGGAGCCGCCGCCGCAGGCGGCCGCGGCUCUGCCCCCGCCGCCCUGGCCCAGAGAGAAAGCCCAGGAGGCGCCGAGCAGCCUGCCCCCGGGCCGCGCCUGCGCUCCGCGCGGCUUGCCCACCCCGGCGGCCUGCCUGCGCGCGCCCGGGGUCUGGGUUGGGCAGCAAUGGUCGCGGGCGGCAGCCCCGUCGGCGGCGGCCCCGCCGCGCUGUACUCGCCCGUCUGCGCCCCCGCCGAGCCGGGGGCCGCGGCCGCCGCGCUCCUGGGCGAGCGCGGCGGGGCCGCGGCGCAGGAGCAGCACGCCCUGCGCCGCAGGGCGCGGGCGCUGAGCGCGGGGCUGCUCUUCGAGGGGCGCGGGGCGGUGCUGGUGGCGGCCCUGGUGUCCGUGCUCGCGGCGGCCACCGCCAUCACGGCCGCGUCGGUCGCGCGGGGGCGGCAGCUGAGGCGCAUGGCCGCCGCCGGCCUGGAGCUGCAGCUGAACGCCGCCACGGGCGGUGCCACCUGGGUGCCCGAGUUCGAGAGCUCCUGCGGCGUCACGGAAGUGGACGUCGAGUACGUGGACGAGGUGAGCGGGUGGGGCACGAACUACGACCACAUCCCGACCCCCGAGAUGUGCUGCGCGAUGUGCCAGGGCGAGCCCAGGUGCAAGGCUUUCACCUGGGUGAAGGACGCAGGGCUGCCAGACGGCUGCCGCAGCCAGUGCUGGCUCAAGGGCGGCACCGGGACCCCGCGGGAGAAGAAGGGCCUCGUGUCCGGGCGGCCGCCUCCGCGGCGGUCUUUGGACAAGAUCCCCGCCGGCGCCGGCGGGAAGGGCGGUUCGUUGUUCUGCAUGUCGCUCAUGGUGCCGGGGACCGACGAAGAGAAGUUGCUGCUGUGGCAGUACACCAACAAGGCGAGCAUCUUCGCUUGCGACGCGACCGCCAUCUACAGCAACCAGGAGAUCGAGCUCGCAAAGGGCGUCACCACCCUCGUCAUCGACAGCGACCUGAAGUGCGAGUACGGCGGCGACUCCCAGUCUGCGCUGAAUUCCUGGAUCUUCAUCGCGCUGUGGCAGAAGCUUAUAGACGACGGGGAGUACGCCAACCACGACUGGGUCGUCAAGGCGGACCCAGAUGCGGUCUUCUUCCCAGAUCGGUUGGGGGCAAUGUUGGCGGAGCACAAGGGCCACGGCUACAUCAACAACUGCCGCUACGGGAUGCACGGUCCGAUCGAGGUCCUGAGCAAAAGGGCCGUCGAUGCGCUUGCGAAGGACUACGCGGCCAGCUUUGACGGCAAGGCCCCCAAGCGGUGUGUGGAGGAGCAGGACUUUGGACAGUGGGGUGAGGACAUGUUCUUGGACCAGUGCCUUGGCACCGUCCUGGAGGUGGCGCCGCACCCCGUGGACGUGCGGCUCAUGUGCGAGAGCCACUGCGACUGCCCCGCGUGGUACUGGUGCCAGAACGGCACGGACCGCGUGAGCUACCACCCCUUCAAGACGGUGGCCGCCUACCAGAACUGCAUGGCCAACGCGCUCGGGGGCCCCGAGCUGGACGACGGCGUCGCGCAGCCCACCCCCGCGCCUGGGCCGAAGCCCAAGGUGCUGGCAGGGCGCACCACCACGAGCGGCUCCGGCUCCAGCCGCGCCGCCCUGGCGUCCACGACGGGCCGCGCGGAAAUGAGCGGCUCCAGUUCCAGCCGGUCCGCUCCAGCGUCCACGACGCCGGGGAAGGCGCCACGCGACCGCUUCGACUGCGACGCGGGCAUCAGUCGCCGGGCGGGCUGGUCCGGCGCCAAGAAGGACUGGUGCUGCGCCAACAAGCAGAAGGGCUGCGACGAGGACGACGCUGGCGAUGCCGAUGCCGUUCCUGCCGACGAGCAGACCUGCAAAGACUACGGCUGCGUCGACUCCUUCGACCCCGAACGGAGCUGCCAGUGCAACCCGGACUGUGCGUCUCACGGCAGCUGCUGCGAGGACUACCAGGAGGCCUGCGGCGACCGGAACCAGGAGGAGCCAGACGAGGACCCCCAGUCCCAGGCCGGGGCGCUUAAACUCAAGGCCAAGGCCGAGACGCUCGACGCGGAGGAGAGCUGCGCGAACUACGGCUGCGGCGGGGAGUACGACGAGGACCAGGCGUGCCAGUGCACCGCGGACUGCGCGGACUACCACAAUUGCUGCCCCGACAUGGAGGACGAGUGCAAGGGUGUCCUGGGCACUGCCGCAGCUGCUUCCACCACCGACGCCGGCGGCGCCUCCACGACCGCCGCCCCGGCGACGACCACCGUCGCCACGCACGCGGGCCAAGACGCCGUGAGCACGAGCUCUGCGCCUUUGAAGGACGAGGGCGCCGCCGCCACCGCCAGUGCGGACGCGGACAAGGGCGAGGACGAGGACGAGGACGCGGGCGCCGAUGCCAACGCGGACCCGCAGCAGCCUGCCCCUGGCCCUCGGGCGCAGACCUUCUACAUGUACCGCGCGCAGAGCGAGGCCACGUACCCUCUGGAGAAUAUCAACACCGCGGACCUGGCUGGGGUGCUGUGGUACCUCCAUAACGAGGUGAUCGUGGCGCGGCCGCGAAAGUACAAGAUCGACCGCAUCAAGCGAUACAAGGUCACGGUAAAGAACACCUGGGAGUUUUGGAACGCGCACAAGCGCCAGUUCAGCGCCUUCGUCGCCUACGACGCCGCCCGCUGCUCGACGCCCGUCUGCAAGGACAUCUACAACCAGUACGGCUUCAUUGUCGGCUGCCAGACUCAGGACCUGAACGUGGCCGCCUACCUGGCGCCCAACCAGACCAGCUGGAACUGCGAGAAGGGCUCGGACGAGUGCCGCCCCCCGGUGUGGUACUCGCUCCCGGGCCCGUGCCCGGCCCAGGGCAUGGACAACGGCAGGAUUGACCCCAACAAGGUCGGCCUGGACGUGAGCGCCUUCAAGUCUAAGGAGUGCAUCAAGAAGAUGCCCGGUGGCCGCUGCGACAAGGCGAGUGGCGCCCCAGACUGCACCUACAGCUACGAGGAGGCCGGGGAGAUCAUGCUGGACGAGCUCGCCGGCAUCGACGACUACGACAAUUUCUGGAACUACUCCUACGUCAACUGCUUGCGGGACAAGUCCCAGCACAAGCUGAGCGAAGAUGAGCCCUGUAUCCAGAACAAGGAGUACGACGUGAAGCUGGACAAGGGAGUCGGGACGAAGUUCUGGGACGGCAAGCUCGACAAGAAGAAGUGUGAGGCACGCAUGGAGUCGGCACGGCAGCUAUUCAAAAAGCACUUUCCGGAGUUCCCGGCGGACUAUGACGAGCCAGCUUGCGAGUUCGACAUGUAUUACGAGAAUGAAUUCACAUGGGGCAUCAACCACACAGGUGCUGAGCCCUCCUCCUGGUGGGACAACAAAAUGGCUGUCUCGGAAUUCGAUGCGCCCGCGGCGCCGAAGUAGCACCGUCCCGCCUGUCUCCCAGCCCUGCCUCACGACGCACCUCUCCUCACAUCCUCGGCGCUCUCCCCCCCCUCCCUGACCGCUGCAAUUCGCACGAUGCCCUGCAAGCUUAGCUGCGACGCGCCGGCCACGGCGGUGCCGCCAGGCCCGGCGCGCCCACCCCGAUCCGGAGGCCCGGUGGCCCGUGCUCGGGCUGCAUGCCUCUCACGCCAAUUGCCGCGUCCCGUGUGGGAUCGAAAGCGUGG